GUGACUCCCAGCCACCUGGCCACAGGGCAGUGGAGUCUGGGGUCCAGCUCAAACCAGGACCUUCACAGAAUGGGGCUAGACCCCGAGAAUAUCCCCUCUGCAGCACGGGCUGCCCUCAUAGGAGGGAUCUCAGCAAACGGCAUUACCAGGCAAUUCACGUUGUUCAUAAAGACAGAGAAGUUAAGCAACUCAUGGUGCUACCUGAGCCAACGAUCCCCGGACACACCAACACCAGCGGAGCUGCAGAGACUGUCCAGUUUGACCAAUGUACAUGGCAGAGGGGCAUUGCUGGCACAUGAUGGCAUCUAUCACAUUGGUGGAUGUGCAGGUCACAUUUUCAAGACAGUUCUACAGUUUGACAUGAGGGUUGUAAAACCCACAAGUAUAAAUUCACACAGGCAUUUCUCAAAGAAUAACUGUUACUGGGAAAGAUAUCAGCUGCCUGCAUCCGCACCCUUGAAUCAAUUAUAAGCGUUAUGCUACUGCAGCCUGUGGCCGCAGUCAACACUGUGGAAGAGCAGAGGGCUCGCUGGGAGAGGAAACGUAGCCGGACAGCCAAGGAACUGGUGGAAACGGAGCAGAAAUACCUGGAGCAGCUGGACUUGGUGACCACAUAUUUUGUGACAAUUCUGAAGGCCAAAGGGACACUGCAGCCAGCUGUGCGGGAAGCCAUCUUCGGUCGCCUGGAAUCCAUACAUUGCACCAGCCAGAUUCUGCUGCUUCACUUGGAAAGAGGGCACUUGGGGCUAGGAUUGGAGGGUUUCUGUCAGAAUAUGGAGCUCUAUGGCCACUAUGCUGAAAACUUGGAGCAAGCUAAGAAAACCCUGCAGGAGCAGGUGAAGAAGAAUAAGGCAUUUUGCCGGUUUAAGAAGCUUCAAGAGUCUCGACCUGAGUUCCUGGGAUGGCAGCUGGAGGAUCUGCUCCCUCUGCCACUGCAGAGGCUCCAUCAAUACAAGCACUUGUUCAGAGACCUGAUGGAGAACUCCAGCCCGGAUAGUGUGGAGUUCCAGCACCUUGCAAAAGCUGUGAAAUCUGUUUCUGAGGUGUCUCAGUGGGUCCAUAGCACAAUUUGCAGCCGUGAGAACUCAAUGCAACUGCUUCGGGUCCAGAAACUGCUCAAAGGACGGAAGACCAAGGUGCUGACUCCAGGGCGCUGGUAUAUCCAAGAAGGCUGGCUCAUGGUGGUACCCACAAAGGGCGAAGAAGUGAAGCGUAAGAUGUUCUUCCUCUUCUCCGAUAUCUUGGUUGCGACGAAGCCCUGCCACCCACUGCAUCCCCUGAACUCGGACAAGUUUUCUUGCCAGGCAGUCUAUCCACUUAACCAGUGCACAGUGGAUAAAGUGUUUGGCCAUACCCAGAGCCAGGGAGGGCUGCUCAGUCUCUCCUUUCCCCACAAGACACUGCUGUUGAUGUCAAGCAACCAGGAGGAUAUUAACAACUGGUAUCUGAAUCUGACAGCUGCUAUCAGGCAGCUGAAAGCCAGGCCGACCCUUGUACGCCAGAAGGAAUACCUGACAGAACAACCUGUCAGCUCAAGAGAGGCCCAUACAGUCCAGAAAAUGUGCCAGGAUUUAUAAGAGCAAAGCUGGAAAUGCUCUCAAAGGGGGCAGAGGACUCUCUCUCCCUUCCCAUCGCAUUUUCUGCAUCUGACAAAACAAAGGAAGCAGCAGUUGGACUCUGGGGGAGGGGUCCUUACAUAAAGAGUUUGGUCAGCAAGACUGCUGAAAGCAUGUGGUGAGAAAUCUUUCCUUUGAAUAUAAUCUAUUGUUAGGCACCAGUGAUUGUUUUAUUUUUCUUGUAACCAUUUCUGACUUAUGACUCAUUACUCGUACUCACUUAAAAUCCAUCUUUGCAGUUAAUAAACUUGUUUUAUCUAA